AUGAUCCCGCACGCCAGCAUCUGGCUCCCCCGGGGCGCGGGGAUGCCGCCCUGCGCGUCCGUGUCGGAGGGGUCGACCAAGUCGGUGGAGGUCAAGUACCCCUUCGUCUACUGGAGCUACCAGAUCGAGGGCAAGGGCUGCACGGUGAGCUCCGAGUGGGACUGGUACCCCUUCGACCAGCAGCAGAUCGACGUGACCGCGCGGCCGAACGGCGACAUCGAGUGGCUGUUCGACUACACCGAGUUCACGUGGCGGAUCUACGCCCUGUACGGCCCCUGGUCCGCGAAGUUCGGCAUCGCCAGCGUCAGCUUCAACACCCACGACGAGGUGAAAGCCGCCCUGCUCGGGAUCAAGGCGCUCAACGAGUCGCACGCGGAAGCCGCGGCGCAGAAGUACCCGGGGAUCAGCCAGGCCACGCUGGACAGCAACUGGCAGCGGUCCUGGCCGGUGGUGUCGGCCGCGGUGACCCCCAAUUACGACGAGAACGUGGUCGUACUCACCGCCACGGUGGAGCGCGACAGCGAGCUGUUUGCCUACCGGCUCUUCCUCCCGUGCGUGCUUCUCGGUCUCUUCGCGUUCAGCACCUUCAUCGUCACCCCCGACAAGAUGGUGCCGCGCUUCAUGUCGGGGUUCCUCGCGUUUCUGGCCCUGCAGGCCUUCCGCAAGGGCGCCACCGACGACGCCCCGGACACGCUGACCAAGUUGUCGUACCUGGACGCGCUGCUGAUGUAUCUCACGUUGCACAUGAGCAGCUGCAUGCUGAACGUGAUCAUGGGGGAGGUCAUCUUCCAGAUCUACGGCCCCCUGGUCGUCCGGGAUUUGGAUUCCUUGUCCAAGCGCAUCACGCCCGGGUGCUUCUUCUGCGGGAUGAUGACGGCGAUUCUGUGCAUCGGGGCGGACAACACGCUGGGGCUGUCGAGCAUCGACACGCUGUUCGUGAUUCUCACCUUCUUCGCCUCCACGCCCGUUUGCUCCUGGUUUUGCUGGUACUUCAUCGUGGUUAGCAACGGCGAGCACUUUUACCUCUACAACUGCAUGCGGAGAGCGCAGUACGACCCGGCGGCGCCGUGCGUGCUGCAGGACAAGGAGCUCAGUGCGCUGUUCCGCUGGAUCGGCUACCGCUACGGGUUUGCGCACGAAGACAAAGACGAACCGGACGAGGCGGACGACCACCUGCUGCGCGUGGACGACGUGGCGCGGUUCGUCGUGGACACCGUGAAGGGGGAGCUGGAAAUGAAAAUGUGCGUCCUGCUGAUCGUGUUGAUCCACGAAGAGGUGGACGAGAACAAGGACGGGAAGGUGGACGUGGCGGAGUUCAAGCGGUUGUUUCCCUUCGUGAUUCACGGCGUGGCGAAGGGCAGCUGCGACCUGAAGGCCCGGUCGAGACUCUACCUGUUGCGGUUCUACUUGAUGCGCAUGCUGCUCGGCUACAAGCCCGUGCAGUACAUCCGGAGCAGCACGUACGGGGGCAAGCUGGUGCGCAUGGCGAGUAGCGGAGGCUUCCAGAUCGGCAUCAUCCGGGAGGAUAGCGGUGCUGUGGUGUCCCCCUCCGAGGUGGUGAAGGCGGACGGACAUCAGUAA